UUGAGGGCGCACUACAAUACACAUGGGAUUAAUCCUGGGGCCCAGACUCACCAUACCCUUCGUCCUUCCGAGGUGGGCAAGUUAAUACCAUACUUGUCUGGGAAGGAUAGUAGCGUUUGCUACAUCGGCAGCCCACCGCGAGUCAUUGUAAAGGCCAGGUAUGCACUCAGUCACCUCCAACGAUGCUUAAUGAAUGCGUUCAAUGCCGGUUUAAUUUUCCAUUUCGUUUUUCCGUGUCAUACCUCAGUGCCACACUAUUUCCAGGCUUAUAAUGUUCAACGUGCACAUCCAUCCGGAUUUCAAGCCUUGAUUGUUUAUAAUAACGACGGUGAAUCCCCUAUUGAUAUGGCAGGAAGCAAAUAUGCGGAUUUGGUUCGAAUACCAGUUCUCAUGAUCUCUUACCAAUGUAUGAUCGCGAUUAAUUCUACAUAUCCAGUCUCACCUGGUUAUUAUGACUUGUUUCGUUACCUCAUUCCAUUCGUAGUCGUCGUAGGAUUCUGCUUCAUUGUGUUGCUCAUCAGCUUGGCGAUUAGAUUAUGUCGGGAACGUCGGCGCAUCGCUCGUAAACGUCUGUCGAAACGAAAUCUUCGGAAAAUCCCAACUAAGAAGUUUCGGAAAGGAGAUGAACCGGAAACAUGUGCUAUUUGUCUUGAUGACUUUAUUGAAGGUGAGAAGUUGCGUGUGCUACCAUGUCGACAUACAUACCAUUGCAAGUGUAUCGAUCCGUGGUUAACUCAGAACCGUAAGGUUUGCCCAAUGUGCAAGCGACGCGUUGGUGCGAAAAACUCAGAUUCGGAAUCAAGUGAAGAGGAAAUACGACAAGAGGUCUGCGUUUUUCGUUCUAAAAUCAUCCGCCAAAAACCUCGUGUGGUUAUACUAAAUUUGGAUAACGCAUCGUAA